AGCAACACUUACCGCCGAAAUGGGUUUGUAAACGCAGAUUGCAACAACUGCCCGGUCCAGGUCCAGACUUUUUCUCUGAAAUAAACCUGAUUUCAUCCUGGAGGGUUAUCACAUUUCAGAACACAUCCCAGCCCGGGAGUGGUGGUGCACAUUUUUAAUACCAGAACCCGAGAGGCAGAGGAAGUCUUGUCUGUGUGGAUGAAUCCGUGUGCGCGCGCGAGUUCUCACGGAGGCCGGAAGAGGGCGUCAGACGUCCGCUCGCUUUUCCAUUGAGGCAAGAAUCUGGCUUUUCUCUGGAAGGUGGAUCUGCCCCCCAAAAGGAGAGAGGAGAGAAUCUAGGGACCACGGACUCCAAGAUGCUGAGGCCUCCAAGGUCUUCCUCAUGGGAGACAUGAGGAAGAUGGAAGGAGACAUUAGCUACCUCUGAGGUUUGCAGGGGUCAUGCUUCCAGCUGAAGAUGAGUACCAUGAAAGAUGACAUUAGACAAGAGGGAGAGCCGAAGGAGAGAUUCUUCUGCCAUAAAUAGAAUGUUGGGGAGACCACGUGUGGUGGUGAAGGCCUGUGAUCUUAGCACUCAAGAGUCUCAAGGACAGCUGAGUCUGAGGACAGCUAUGGAUGCUACAGCUGAGCCUGUCCUGGCUGGGAAUGGGCCCCCUGACUGCUUCUCCGUGGCAUCUCCUGCUGCUGGGAGGGGCCUCUUGGAUCCUAGCCCGAAUUCUGGCCUGGAUCUAUGCCUUCUAUGACAACUGCAGCCGCCUCCGUUGCUUCCCUCAGCCCCCUAAACCAAGCUGGUUUUGGGGUCACUUGGCCUUGAUGAAGAACAGUGAGGAAGGCAUGCAGUUCAUAGCACGCCUGGGCCACUCCUUCCGUGAUGUCCACCUGUCCUGGGUUGGACCCGUGUACCCGGUCCUGCGGCUCAUUCAUCCCAACUUCAUCGCUCCCGUGCUGCAAGCCUCAGCUGCUGUCGCGCCCAAGGAAAUGACUCUCUAUGGCUUCCUGAGACCCUGGCUGGGGGAUGGGCUCCUGAUGAGUGCUGGGGACAAGUGGAGCCGCCACCGCCGUCUGCUGACGCCCGCCUUCCACUUUGACAUCCUGAAGUCCUAUGUGAAGAUUUUUAACUGGAGUGUGGACAUCAUGCAUGCCAAGUGGCAGCGUCUGGCCUCCGAGGGCACUGCCCGUCUGGACAUGUUUGAACACAUCAGCCUGAUGACCUUGGACAGUCUGCAGAAAUGCAUCUUCAGCGUUGACAGCAACUGCCAGGAGGCUGACAGUGAAUACAUUGCUGCGAUCCAGGCGCUCACCUCCCUUGUAGUGAAACGGCACCGCCAGCCCUUCCUCUACGCGGACUUCCUGUACUACCUCACUGCUGAUGGGCGGCGCUUCCGCAAGGCCUGCGACCUGGUGCAUAGCUUCACAGAUGCUGUCAUCAGGGAGAGACGCAGCACCCUCAAAACCCAGGGUGUUGAUGAAUUCCUAAAGGCCAAGGCUAAGACUAAAACUUUAGACUUUAUUGAUGUUCUCUUGCUGGCCAAGGAUGAACAUGGUAAGGGGCUAUCGGAUGAGGACAUCCGAGCAGAGGCCGACACCUUCAUGUUUGGAGGCCAUGACACCACGGCCAGUGCGCUCUCCUGGAUCCUGUACAACCUGGCGAGGCACCCGGAAUACCAGGAGCGCUGCCGGCAGGAGGUACGGGAGCUGCUGAGGGACCGAGAGCCUGUGGAGAUCGAAUGGGACGACCUGGCCCGGCUGCCCUUCCUGACCAUGUGCAUCAAGGAGAGCCUGCGGCUGCACCCCCCAGUCUUACUAAUCUCCCGCUGCUGUUCCCAGGACGUCGUGCUGCCAGAUGGCCGGGUCAUCCCCAAAGGCAACAUCUGUGUCAUCAGCAUCUUCGGGGUUCACCACAACCCUUCGGUCUGGCCGGACCCUGAGGUCUACGACCCCUUCAGAUUUGACCCAGAAAACCCACAGAAGAGGUCACCUCUGGCUUUUAUUCCCUUCUCGGCGGGGCCCAGGAACUGCAUAGGACAGACUUUCGCCAUGAACGAGAUGAAGGUGGCGCUGGCGCUGACGCUGCUGCGCUUCCGAGUCCUGCCCGAUGACAAGGAGCCGCGCCGGAAGCCGGAGCUGAUCCUGCGCGCGGAGGGCGGGCUGUGGCUGCGGGUGGAGCCUCUGAGCGCGGGCGAGCAAUGACCUCACUGCUGCCUGGGGACCUCUUCACCCGCGCUCCUACCUCGGUAUAUCUCUGAAUAAACAGAACUGCCUCCUGUUCCUUGA